CGAGCGCCUGAUUCCCGCCGCAGCCGCCCGGCCAGGAGCCCCCCGCCACGAGCAUGGCCUGGAACACCAACCUCCGCUGGCGGCUGCCGCUCACGUGCCUGCUGCUGCAGGCGGCCAUGGUGGUCCUCUUCGGCGUGUUCGUGCGCUACGACCAGGAUUCCGACGCCCACUGGAUGGAGAAGAAGGGAAGCCGGAACGUCUCCGGCGGCGACAUGGACAAUGAAUUCUACUACCGCUACCCCAGCUUCCAGGACGUGCACGUGAUGAUCUUCGUGGGCUUCGGCUUCCUCAUGACCUUCCUGAAGCGCUAUGGCUACAGCUCCGUGGCCUUCAACUUCCUGCUGGCGGCCUUCGGCAUCCAGUGGGCAGUGCUGAUGCAGGGCUGGUUUCACUCCUUCCACAACGGCUACAUUCUCGUGGGCGUGGAGAACCUCAUCAACGCCGACUUCUGCGUGGGCUCCGUCUGUGUGGCCUUUGGGGCGAUUCUGGGCAAGGUCAGCCCCAUCCAGUUGCUCAUCAUGACUCUCUUCCAAGUGACCCUCUUCUCCGUGAACGAGUUCAUCCUCCUCAGCCUGCUGAAGGUGAAGGACGCAGGGGGCUCCAUGACCAUCCACACAUUCGGGGCCUACUUUGGACUCACGGUGACCUGGAUCCUCUACCGACCCAACCUGUCUCAGAGCAAGGAGAGGAACGGUCCUGUGUACCACUCGGACCUCUUUGCCAUGAUCGGCACCCUUUUCCUGUGGAUGUACUGGCCCAGCUUCAACUCGGCUGUGUCCGACCACGGAGACGCCCAGCACCGCGCGGCCAUCAACACCUACUGCUCCCUGGCAGCCUGUGUGCUGACUGCAGUGGCGCUGUCCAGCGCCCUGCACAAGAAGGGCAAGCUGGACAUGGUGCACAUCCAGAACGCCACGCUGGCCGGCGGGGUGGCCGUGGGCACCGCCGCGGAGAUGAUGCUCAUGCCUUACGGCUCCCUCAUCGUCGGCUUCAUCUGCGGCAUCGUCUCCACCCUGGGCUUUGUGUACCUGACGCCGUUCCUGGAGUCCCACCUGCGGAUCCAGGACACGUGCGGCAUCCACAACCUGCACGGGAUGCCUGGCAUCAUAGGCGGCAUUGUGGGUGCCGUGACAGCGGCCUGCGCCACCACAUCCGUGUACGGACAGGAAGGGCUGGCCCAUGCCUUUGACAUUGAAGGUUCUAACUGGUCCGCAAGCACUCAAGGCGGUUUCCAGGCCGCAGGCAUCUUCGUGUCCCUGGCCAUGGCCCUGGGGGGCGGUGUCAUUGUGGGAUGCAUUUUGAAAUUGCCCAUCUGGGGACAACCCUCUGAAGAGAACUGCUUUGAAGAUGCCGUGUACUGGGAGGUGCCCGAGGAACAUAAGAACGAAGCCUUACAUCCUGAGGACUCUACCCUCAAGCCCUCAGAACCUUAAGCUCCCAGAGCGGGCGAGAGACAGGCUCCACCGACUGCUUUGGUGUUCUAGAAGGAGCCGGUGCUGGCCAGGCUGGGCACACAAGGACAAGGGGAGCAGUACCGGCCUGCUGGCCUGGCCCAGGGGGCCACCACCCUGCCCUCCCCCUUCAUCCCAGGGGGCCUGCCUGAGACCGGAGAAGGAGGAACUGAAGAUGAAGUGGGUGUUCAAGCCACUUCAGCUGCAGGAGGCCUGCCGCCGGGGGUCUUCGUGGCCUCAUCCUAAGAAGAGGAGGCCGGAGGGGGUGCUGGGCCUGGAGGCAGACCCCAGCUCUCCUGUGUGACCACUUGGCGGCCAGCCGCCCGCUGCCGGGCUCUCGGCCUGCACGCCCCAGGCCCC